UUUGUCUUUGAAAGAUGAAUCUCAUUGUUUUUCAGCUCGGUGUUGGCUUUGAGUUCUCUCAGGGAGAGAGAAGAGUUUAUCCUUCCUUCUUCUGGAUUAAUCCCAAGGAAUCUCGUCAGUAUGAGGGUCUAGUCAAACUACUCCUGUAUUUCCAGUGGAACUGGGUUGGGCUUUUCGCCCCUGAAGAUGACAGGGGAGAACGUUUCAUCUCAACUCUGACGCCAAUGCUCCAGGAGAAGGAGAUCUGCCUGGCCUUCACUGAAAGUUUAAAAUUAGAUGAUAUUCAGAUUAGAAUAGACAAAGUGCUUCUCAAGUUACAGACUUGGUCAAAAACUGAAGUGAUUAUUCUGUUUGGAGACUAUGGUUGUAGUUACACUGUACAGACACUUUUAUUUUACCAUGAAAUGUUGAGCAAGACAACAUUGCAGAAUGUUUGGAUCUUAACCUCCCAUUGGAAACUUAGUCUGGAUGAAUCUGAAAGCAUAUUGCUAUUUCUAAAGCCUUUCCAUGGAGUCCUGCAUUUUAGGGACCACACCGGGGAUGUCUCAGAAUUCAGCCAUUUCCUCCUGUCUUUAGACCCCUUGAACCCCCAAGGAGAUGUCUUUCUCCCAGUAUUGUGGGAAUCUGUCUUUCAUUGCAAACUCCACAAACCAGGCAAGAUCCCUCCAAAGGGGGAAAAACACUGCACAGGAAAGGAGAAUCUGCAGAAUCUGCCAAAUUACGUUUUUGAAACAAGCAUGACAGGUGAAAGUUACAAGAUCUACAAUGCCAUUUAUGCUGUGGCACAUGCUUUACAUGCAAUGUUUGGAUCCAGAGCCCAACCGACCAUGAUGAGGCUUGGAAAGAGGAUCUCAAAUAUCCAGUCAUGGCAGAUUCUUGCCUAUUUGAGGAAUGUGCAGUUCAACAACAGUGCUGGAGAUGAAGUCUCCUUCUCAGAAGAUGGACUGGGAUCUGCUCGUUUUGAUCUUUUGAAUUGGAUUCUCCUCCCCAAUCGAUCCUUUGUUCCCAUAAAAGUUGGGCAAGUAAAUCCUGAGGCUCCCCCAGGCCAAGAUUUCACCAUUAACUCUGAUGGAAUCGUCUGGGCCACAAAGAAGGUGCCCUUUGCCAGGUGUGGCAUCAAGAGGUGCCAUGCAGGAGAGAGGAGAAGAGUUCCAGAGGGAGAGCCGGUUUGCUGCUACCAUUGUGAGGCUUGUCCAGAAGGGACCUUUUCUAAUCAGACAGGAGGGAAGGUGGUAAGAAUGACCAGGCAGGAGUCAUGCUACUGCUGAUGCUGAUGCUCUUCUGGCUCCUGGCUCCAACUACAGCGAAGAGGCUGCAAACCAUAUGUGUGUUCAGGGAUUAUAUCCAGUUAGAGGAAAGUUACUAUAGGCCUGGUGAUCUCAUUAUUGGUGGGAAUUUGCCCUUGGGAGCCAGUUUUGAUUCUACUGUCCCACGCUUUAAUACAUUGAAUCUUCUUUUAGAUAAUGGGUAAGUUUCAGAUGGAGGACAAACAUACAUCUAAAUGGUCUUUUUGCUUUAAAUUCUGGGACCCCUUUUACAAAUAGUAUUUCUAGAUUUUUGCAGUGUCCUAGUAUGCUAUACUAUAUGUAUAGAACAUUUUGUGCUUAUUGCAAUAAAGUACUAAGCCU